UUUUCAGAAUGUCAGUUAACGUUUCAAGGCGAUGAGUAUAGAGCUAAGGAGUACCAUCUCGCAGAUGAAUGAGUCAAAAUGUUUCCCUCGACCUCGACCUCAACCCUUUUUUAAAUAAUAAUGUAAUGAAAAUCAUCGACGUUUGACCACUAUCUGCUGGCAAGCGAUGAUACGGCCUACGAUAGAGCACCCCUGCCUAUAAGCAACCUACCUUAUUAUAAUGUAUUAUCUAUGAAGCAACUUAUUGACGCUGACCUUGAAGACAUGUUGUAUCUUUGGGAGAAUACAAACUCUGCACAUUUAGAAGAGGUCUAGCGUAGCUGUCUACCCGUAGUAGCGUUACUGAAACAAAAGUUUAGCGGCAAUUCUUCGUUUUGAAUUUUCUUGUUUUGCCGUAUUUAAUUAUAUUAAAUAUAUUUAGACCUAAACUUUCUUGAUCUCCGAUUCUUGUGCCACUUUGACAGUUGCCAACCCUAUUAAUGGACAAUGUUAGGUAUGAACUUUUGCGGCACCCCUCACAGUGUAGUAGAGACAGAUGUCAAACACAAGUGUCAAAUAACAAAAGCAGCAAGUAAGACAACUGACCGAACGCUUUUUUGGGUAAAGCGAUUGCUUCGAAUAUAAUAAUGACAACAUGAAAUAAUUAAACAGCGCCAACCGCGUAAAUAAUUUACUGCGCUCGCGGCAUAACAUUGUGAUAACAGUAGUAUGUGCGUCUAUAUUAUAAUAUAACUGGGCGCGUGUGUGUUUGCGGUGACUUGUGUCAUUGAUAUUGAUUUCUUUUAUUUUCUGAGAGAACAAUUCGAAAAUGAUUUAGUCGGAUCAGUGGGUGCUUCGUGCCAUUCGUUGACUGUGUGACGAUAAAGAGCAGUUAACAACGAAUAAUAUGUUUGGUGUCGAAAGCCGUGUGUGAUAAUGUGCGGACAAAAUGAAAACUAAGAGUUUUUUGCUGUUUUCGACGUCGGUAUUUGCAAUAAGUAUAUUUCUCAUAGUAUUCCACUCGCAGCCGCCGCAGUCUAUUCAAAGUAUUGUCACGCAAACACAUCAGCACCUAAAGGAUUUUCAGGCGUCGUUAUCCCAGCAGGAGAAUUUGCGGGAUGUGGAGGAGAACCACCUGGUGCAGGAGGAGCAGUACUCGCGGCUGCUGGGGCUGGACGGCCACCAGGAGCUGUGGCACAACACCACGCUGCCUGCGCUCGUGACGUACGCGCGCAACGACGCGCACGCUGAGGCCGUCAGCUUCAUCCGCGCCGCCGCUAAGCUGCCCUACACAGUGCUGCUCUACAAUCUUGGAUUGAAACCUUACUCCUUAUCUGUGGUUUCCAACUACUGUAACUCUUCGAAAUGUGCCAUCAUCGACCUGGAUCUGGACACGUUCCCGUCGCAUGUAAGCGAUGAGAGCAUUCACGCCGUGCGCCCGCUCGUCAUACAGCACGCUUUGAGCCGCGUAGGUGGUGUCAUAUUCUGCGAAGCGUCGCAGCGAUGGGCGGGCACGCCGGCCGAGCUGGCGGCGCUGUGGUCGCGCGCGGCGGCGGGCGGCGGCGUGCUGGCCUGGCCGCGCCGCGCCGCCGUCACCAGCCUCACGCACCCGCGCAUGUUCCACUACUUCCACGCCACCAUCGACGACUUCCUCUUCGUGCAGAUGAUGGACGUGACGCGGCUCAUCGUCGUCAACAAGCCCUCCGUGGUGGACAUCAUGCGCCCCUGGAUACAGUGCGUGCUCACCCUCGAUUGCAUCAUGCCAAUAGGUGCACAGUCAGUAGGCUGCAGGUUCGAUAAGAAGCCGCAGUACCGGUACUCGGGCUGCCACGGGCAGGACGCGUCGGCGCUGAGCAUCGUGCUGGGGCUGCGCUCGGGCUUCGAGGAGUCGGCGUACGUGGUGCGCGCGCGCGCCCGCUGGCGCUCGGUGAGCGCGGCCGCGGCGCGCGCCGAGCUGCGCCAGCUGCUGCGGAACUCCACCGAGGACUACCGCACCGACCACGCCGCCGCCGCCGACGCGCUCACGGCGCACGCCGCUUGAAGCCCGCGACUGUUGGGGCUACGGGAGACGACGACGACGGUUAGAAUUAAGAUAAAAAAUAAUUGGAUAUGUUAGUGAGACCAAAUUUUGACAUUAUUUGAUAUCAUUCCAUUUGAUGAAAAUACGCCAAAUAGAUGAGAUUUUGUUGUUUGAAUUUUGAAAAUUCGUAUUGGUUUAGAAAUUAGUGAAAGACAUAUUUAUUAGACGAAUAAGUACAAGGCAUAAUUCAGAGAGUCGUUAGCAAUCCUAGGUAAUGUUGAGGAGAUAAGCUGAGUAUGAGUAUUAGCAGCUAUUAAUUUGCCAUAUUGGGUACAAAGUAACAUUGUUCGUUUUAGUGUAUUUCGGAGCCUGCGAUAGAUGUAAUGUUACCUUUGUCAAUUGUUUAUAUUGUCUAAAUUCUAAAUGUUUAACAGUAUUGUUUGUUACUGAAUAAUUUCGUUACAGCAAUCAUGUAUUUGCUACCUUGAAAAGGUGCGGAGCACGAGUGGAUGCGAGUUACUUGUUGUUUACCAUUUAUUUUGUAUUGUAGUAUUAUUUUAUUUGAUAAAUUAUUCUCGUUUCGAGCGAGAAAGGUGCUGACCGAACUGGCAGCGUAAUGACGACUGAAACAUUUGCGCAAACACCACGAAGCUGCGAUCCUACGUGUAGGCUGUGCCGCAGUCCUGCACUGCUAACCAAGUACAAAGAAGCCGCGUGCGGAGUAACGAACGAACGAGAUACUGUCGCCAGCUGUGAAAUUAUUUACUAGGAACAUAAUUAUUUUGUGUAGAUUGAGUUGUACAUAAGUUUGUACAUUAGACGUUAGUAUGUAAAGUAGAGGUACAUGUUUCGUGAUUAUUGUUAGUUUAAGUUGGCGGAGCACGCCGGUCGUGUGACGGCCCGCGUCCAGCGCGUACUGCUAUGUUAGUGGUUAGUGCAUCGAUACUCAUUAGUCAUAAUUUAUACGUGAGCCUUUUAUCGAGCAAUAUUAUACUUUACGUUAAGUACACCGUAGCGCGUGCUACACCGCGCAGUCGCAACAUACCGGCUACAUAUUGGCUCAAAUGUGGCUUUUUUUAAAUUGUUUAAUUUCUAAAACUGUGUACCUACCUACAUAAUAGGCUAGAGAUGCAAGCUAUUUAUUUAAUUUUGUCUUCAUUUUUAUGUCAAUGAAUUAGAACAAAUAUUUCUGUCUUAAAAUGCAGCAGUUUAUGAAACAAAGCCCUUUAUAAAGUGGCACAGAAUAUAUUAUUGAAAUCAUUAUAAGUAUACAAGAUAUAGUUCACCUAUUUGGCCAUCAAACAGCAACCAGUGAUUAUAUAACAGCCGGGUAUUUUACGUACCGCCAAAUAUUUUGAUACAGGAUUUUGUCAUGGUUCAUUAUCUAUUAUAUAAAAAUAAGUCGGGUUUUCCUUCCUGACGCUAUAACUCCAGAACGCACAAACCGAUUUCCACGGUUUUGCAUUCGUUGGAAAGGUCUCGGGCUCCGUGAGGUUUAUAGCAAAAGAAAUUCGGGAAAACUUCAAGAGAAAAGCAAGAAAACGGGGAAACCAUUGGUGGCGAAACGGAGUUCGCCAGGUUUGUUAGUUAUUUAUAAAUACUUUUAUACAAGUGUCCACCUAGUAAAUGUGUUGCGUGUUGCGCCACACGUUACAUCGCGCGGAGGGCCGUGCGUCCGUCAGUGUAAGGACGUAACGAACGGUGCAUAUCGGUGUUUUAUUUUGAUGUAUUUUGUGAUGACACCAGGUUUGGUUGUGAACUGUUAUCAACGCUAGUUGUGUACCUGCAUGCACGACCUACUUAGUUCGCCGCAUCCAAUGUGAUAUACUUAAGUAUUUAUUAGUAGCGUGUGCCUGUACACGGCGCCCGGCGAGACAGAACGAGUACCGCACGAAUAUCAUUACGUUCAUCGAUUUUUAUAUUGUCCUCAUAUUCUCGUAACAUACGAAAUCCCAAGUAAAUCAACAUGAACUCGAAUAAUAUGAGAAUCGAAACAUGCAGUCACUACAACUCAUAUAUAAGUAUUAUACCAUAUUGUAAUAUGAUUGUAUUAGAGCACAUUUAUCAUAGCUGUAUCACACUUUUGUAAAGACCUAUACAUAUUUAUUUUGAGAUUGAUCGCGUAUACCUAUAGCCUCUAAAUUUAAGGAUCUCACAGUUACUUAACGCAGCUUAAAUUAAGAGUUUGUACCUAUCUGUAAUCAUGACCAACAUUUACGUAAGUUUGUAAUGUUUUUACUGUAAAUUUGGAUACUGGGAACUGCUAAUUGUUCAAAAUUUCAUCACAUUCUCUUUUAGUUUGUCGCAGUUAGUGAAAACAACAUUUGUAAAUGCCACGGGUAACAUAAUUCGUAGAUAAUUCUGUUUAGAGACAACGAAGGCAGCGUUGAACCGUAGUGUGCUCUCCUCUGUAAUGAUCUAGUAGACUCGAGUACUUGUAGCGAGUGAGCAGCCGCUGUGCCGAGAUUAUGUUCUGAACGAAUAGUGGUGAGCAAGUUGCCAGCUGUAGUAGCGUCGCGGACGGCGCCGAGCCGUGCCGCGUUAGUUAAUACGAGAUCUAGUCCUUAUGGUAAUAAAUAAUAAGUUGGAUUUUCAAAUACAUUUCAAACACGUUCGUAGUGCGUUGCAAUACUUGAGCCAACUGAGCGAUGAAAGCAAUUGUCGAUUAUUGUGACUACACUUAAGAUACAAGUUAAUGAAUUGCAUUAUUACAAUUAUUUCAAGUUCCUAUUGGCUAAAAUAGUAAUUUGAUGACCGCGCAGAAUUACACUAAUUACCCAUUGGCGUAGAACACGGCUCAUAUCUAGGUACCUAUACAAUUUUAUUGAAUGUUGGCUCAGUGAUGGACAACGCAUUACGCACUUGUUGAAAUCUAUUUGGUAAAAUAGAUAAUAUUGUACUGCUUAUAUUAACCCUUUUGAAAUUUGUAAAACCUAAUGGAUAGGAUACGUAUAUACUUACUAAAUUUAUACAAUGUAAUUGAUAUAAAUACGACCACGUUUGAACUGUAGUGUUCUGCCAAAUGCAUCACAUUUUUGUAACAUGUUUGUGUAACAGUAACAGUGAUGCAAGAGACGCGCUGUUGCAUAACGGAGUAUUUGUAUCUUUCCCUCGCACUCUACUUAGGUUUAAUUGUAAAAUUAUAUCGAGAUACGCAAAUCAUGCUACUGCUGUACGUGACUUUUUACUAAUGAUCCUAUUUUUACCUUUUCCGUUGGAACCAUUUCUACUUCUAUUAUUUUCCGAGUGUCGCAAUCGUGUUGAACCCGAAGUUGCGUGCCAAACAUUUUGUAAAACCUCGCAGCGGGUUCCAUAGACCGACACCCCCGAUGGGCACAAAGACUCAAUACUUUAAACUUUCUCUAUCAGUUACUUUGCUUACUUAGCUUUGUUUUACUUCUUCGAAUAAGUCCCCGACAGCAGUCGCGUGUUUGCGUUCGUGUGUGUGUCCGUGUGCAUGUGUGUGAAUGCCUGCUGUAUGAUUAUUGAUCUUGUUUAGCGUAUUUUUUAAACAAAUGCAGCUUUUACAUACGCAUAUCUUUAUCAACAAGUGAUAAAUUAUUUAUUAAACGAUGAUUAUGACAUUC